UAUCAAAACAUCAAGAUGGCGGACGAGCGCAAUCCAGCCGAGAGAGUGCGGAGACUUGUCCAAUACGCUGGGCAAGUUGAGGUUGAUAAUAGCAUAGCACCUAAGAAAUACUUCAGAUCUGGUGUAGAAAUGGAGCGAAUGGUAAGAAUUAUUUGCCAGGUGAUGGGAUACGAAAUGGCUUGCAUUGAUGUUUGUUGCAACAAUUUUUUUUAUCAACAGUCUCAUCUUGGCGUACUCUGUGGUUGCUUCUUUUUUAUCAUGCAUCAUAGCCUCUGUAUCUAUUUUUCUUCGAAACGAAUUAGCCUUGUAUGAUUAAUUGCAAAUAAUAAUAGCUUCCGAUUUUUCUUUCUGAUCGGCCGCCAAAUCUUGCGAAAUAAAGCCUUACAGUAACUUGCAUUAUGUCAUUUGCUAAAUAAAGAAUUGACGCAAGCUUCGUGGAAAGCUGCUUAAGGCAUUGUCAUUUUAGCACAAAUUUAUCUUUUAUUUGAUGGCUUAUUACCCUCAGAAGACUCUCAAGUCCAUAAUAAAACUUAUGGGUUUAAUUCAGUCAUACACACUUGUGAUUGUUGUUGUUGCUGUUCAUGUGGCCUUUCUUAAAUUUUCUAACAUCUCAUAGGCAAGAAUAUAUCAUGAUGAAGGGAAUCUGGAAAGUGCAUUUGUUUUGUAUUCAAAAUUCAUCACGUAAGUACAUGAUUAAUACCCUUGGAAAGAACACAUUUAUUUAAUUCUUCAAUUUCCUCUUAAAAUCUUGCUGCUGACAAAAUUGAACCCUAACAUGAUAAAGGAAAUAGGGAAGUGGCUUUAAGCAUGAUGUAAGCCAAGCCCAGAGACCAGGUACUUACAGUUAGGUCAUUUUAGUUCCUGUAGCACAGAGAGAAUAGGAGAUUUUCCAUUCUUAUUGAAUGGGAUACUGCUCUACAAGGGGUGAUCACUGACAGUUGAGUGGCACCUUAACCCCUUACACUCUACCAUUAGUACGCAUAUUCUCCAUACUGCUCUCUAUAAUUUUACUAUACAUUUCCUAAGGUGCUGACAAGGAGAAUUUUUUAAACAAUCAAGAGAUUCUCUAGUUAGUGAUCACUCCCUUUGUUAUCGUGGCCUUAAUGUUUGAUUCAAGGGUGACAUGGAAAUUAGAUGCUGAUCACUCCUAGAAGUUAAAAGGGUUAAUAUAUAGUUCUAGGUGGAGUGGGACUGCGAGAGUUAAGUGUGUUGUCCUGAACACAAGGAGUACAAGAAAGCUGCCAUUUAUUUACCUUUCCACACAAAAGUGAUAAUUGCUAUCAAUGAGAAUGGUCUUGUGUAAUGUUAAGUGUCCUGUACAGGGAUUGUUAAUUGUGGAUCUCUAUUUGGUAUUAGAUUGUUUGUGGAAAAACUUCCUUCGCAUCCAGAAUAUGCCAAGGCAGCACCAGGAGACAAAGCAACAAAUAAGAAGGUAUAUAACACUUUCAAUAAAACCCAUUGAUACCUGAGCACUUUAAAAAAAGACAGACAAAGACAGACAAAGAGUAUCACAGUGAAAGGAGUGAAUCUAAGGGUAUGGCUUAUUGUGUUAAGAAUUGCAUCUUGGUGUAACAUUGAUAAUUUGUAGUACCAUACAUUUCCAUGAUUACACAUAUGUACAGGCAGUAUCCACUCUGUCAUGCUUGAUAAUCCCUUUGUUCAAAUGGUACCUUAUAUAUUUUUAACUCAUCAUAACACCAUGCAGUCACCAUGCUUAAAAACUAAUCAUAGUUUGAAAUUAAAUAAUGAUACACUAUUCAGCAAUUGGACAUAAUGUAUGAUCACCAAACAUGUAUGAAAUUUCAAAAUCUCUUCCUGCUUGGUUUGUGAUGUAGAAGUUGAAUCUCCAUGAAAUUAUGAUUGUGAGUGCUUAGUGACAUGAUUGUAUGAUUGUCAUAUUCAGAGCCUCAGAAGAGUAUUUGGUGAAGCUGAGGAAUUAAAAGGAAUUUUGAAGGGAAAGUAUCAGAAGGAAUAUGAACAGUUAAUGGUUGAAGAGGCUAGAAAGGUGAGGAAAAAAAUAUCUGUUCUUUCAUGUAGUUCCUCUUUCUAAUAUUAUCAUUAGAAUUGUUGUCAUUUUGUUUGGCUUGUUAAAUUUAUUUUGAAAUUGUAUUAACCCUUUAAUUCCUAUGAGUGACCAAGAGAGAAUUUCUCCUUACAAUAUCAAUACAAUAUCAACUAGAUAAGUGAUGAGAAUAAAGAAAAAUAUCAACUUGGUGAUAAUUAGUUGAUUCAAUACUAAAUUCGCUGAACUAACAUUAUAAGAAUUGUAUGGUUGAUGGUGAGAAGAAUUACAAAUUUGAUCUGGGAGUUAAAAGGUUGACGUAACAAUCCACACAAAAGAAAAAUUCAUAAUACUGUGACCAGUUAUCAGGAGAACUAGUAAUAUUGUGGAAGAAAAAAAAAUACUAUGGUUUCAAGGGUGCAUAAUUACCUGUUAGUAUUGUUUAUGUCAUAUUGAACAGCUAGAAUUCUUUUGUAUCAUGCAAAUGCAUUUCUUUCUGUUUAAAGAAAGAAGAGGAAGAAACCAAAAGAAAAGAGUUUGAGAAAAGGGAAGCUGAAGAAAAAGCACAAAAAGCACAGGCAGCCCAGCAAAUAGCACCACAGCAUAACAACACAUCAAGGCCUCAUACAGAGACCCCAAGUGUUACUCCGAGUGCACCGCCACUGAUUGAGGAUUACCUUGCCCCACCCACCUCCUAUCAGGAGUCAUCUGGCAGUCCAAAUUCAAUAGUGGGUAAUAAUCAGCGUGAACAUGGCACCCCUAGUGACAACAAUCAAACGCAUAGCACAAUGCCACCGCCACCUAGCUACUCAUCACUCUUCUCUGUACAAACACCAAGGUAUGAGAAAAGGAUUAUAGUGUUUCUCUUAAAUUGUUCAGGCUAAAAUUACCAUACAAUUAUGUAGAUAUUUAUGAGGCAAGAUGGCUAAAGGUUGUUGUUUUUUAAAACUGUUCAGGCUUAAGUUACCACACAAUUAUGUAGAUAUUUAUGAGUCAAGAUGGCAAAGGAUUGUUGUGUUUUUGUAAAUUGUAAGACUUAAGUUAUCAUCUACAUGUAAUUCAAAUAAUUUUGAAGCAAGACCAAAUAGUACAGUAUAUGGCUUUUUUUCACAAAUCUCACUUACCCUUACCAACUUAAUAAUUAUGCAAGUAAUAGUUGUUGUGGUUAGAUAAUUUUGCAUUGAAUAUUCCAUCUGUAGUGUCCCAACAAUUGACAGGUCCACCAAACCAGUCAUGUCUGCAGGUUAGUUAAACUGUCUGACUACCUUUGUUCAGGAAAACCAUAAUUUUGGUGAUAAAAAUAACUCUAACUGCACUAAUUCAAGGUGCCUAACAUGUAGUAAUCAUCCAAUGGCCAAGAGCUGACAAUUUUGUAACUUGCUGAUUCUCUCUUGAUUUGUGUUAAGAUGCGUCGUCAAGUGGUCUCAGAAAAAUGCAUGUUCCAGCGGAACUCAUCAGUCAGUUCCUACGUCUGGCAUCUAGCAAUACAAGAAAAAACCUUGAAACCUGUGGCAUUCUAGCAGGCCGACUUGUGAGUACAACUUUUCUUCAAAAGCCUUCAAGCCUGUAAUUUUCAGGAACUUUGAAAGAUUUCCACAAACUCCUAAGCCAUGAUUUAUGGAUAUACUUUCCCAUACUUCCUAUAAACAGCUGCAGUUGUUCUGCUAGUCAAUAUUAUCUGGGAGCAGGUUCUUAUUGGUGCUGUGACACAUUUAAGCCCAGCACCUGCUAAGACUCUUACCCAGUCAUCUCUUUCAAUGAUGAUUAUGGAGUCUUUUAAGUAUUUGCAAUGUCUGCUGUUACUCAGCACCUUGAAAGAUCAAACUCCAGUAUCUCAGAUUUCAAAAUUUUCAAUGAUAACACCCUAACCUUAAAUUCUGGUGAGAGACCACAUCAGAAUUUUUCCUUACGAUUUUCAUACCAUAUCAAGCAGACAAACGAUGAGAAUAAAGAAAAUCAGACAAUAAUUAGUUGAUCCAAUAUCAACUCCUCCAAACUAACAUCAUAAGAAUUAUGUGGAACACAGUUAGGAGAAUUACCAAUGAGAUCUUAGGAGUAAACUUGGGUUAAGCUGAACCAAUCAUUUGUAAAACGCUUCACCAACACCUUACCAAAUAAAAGCCCUCUCGUUAGUUUUUAUUAUAAAAUUUAUAUAAUUCUACUCAAUUAAUGUAAAACUGUAUCUUGUCUCAUUUUAUUUGUACAGCAAAGCAACAUGUUCUGCAUUACUCAUUUGUUGAUCCCCAAGCAAACCUCAACAUCAGAUUCCUGCACAACUCUGAAUGAGGAGGAUCUGUUUGAUUAUCAAGAUUCUCACAAUCUAAUUACAUUGGGUUGGAUACAUGUAAGUUGCCAUCUAAUGUAGGAGGUUACAUGUACCUUCUUGCAUCUCUUCUCACUUUUGUCAAUAAUGCAAGAAACACAGAGUUACAGAGUGGGAAGGACAUGGAAGGGUUAAGGAUAUCCAUCUUUUCGUUCUGUGUUCACCCUACCCAUGUCCUUUACUUUUAACUCUACCAUCCUGAUCUAUUUUUUACAAAAGCCUGCAGAUUAAACAAUUAACAAUUGGUUCAUACAUCAGCGUGCGUUCAUCAAGAUAUGAAGCACACGCAAAGUUUGGAGAGCAUGAAAGAUGUGUAAGAGUUGCUCGAGGUGUAGCCAAGAGCAACUCUAGCUACUUGAGUGCUCUCCAAGCUUCCCAAGUGCUUCAUAUCUCGAUGAAAGCACAGAUGACGAAUGAACCAAUUGUUUUAUAACAUUUUCAACCCCAUGGAAAAUUUAUUUUCUCAAGGGAUUUGUUUGCUGACUUCAUGAGUGUGCACAAUAGGAAUAUGAAGCACGCUCGUGCAAUUGAAUUUGAUUAGACAAAUUUACCAGCUAUGUUGUAAUAUAGAUUAGCAAAGUUUCAUAUUGUAUGAUUUCCUUCUGGCUGUCAACCCCCUUAAACAAUCUUCUCUCUCUUCUGUAUCACCUCCUCCCUAAGCCUCCCUUCAUGUAAUGAAUGAAUCACUAGAUGACAGGUUAAUUUAGGUGGAAAACUUAACUUUAUAUUUAAUUGACUACCACAAGUACCUAAUCAUUUUAAAAUCUGAUUCAUGAACCAGACACACCCAUCACAGACAAGCUUCAUGUCCAGUGUUGAUCUUCACACUCAUUGCAGUUAUCAGCUUAUGAUGCCAGAAGCAAUUGCUAUUGUGUGUGCUCCGAAGUUUGAUGAGUAAGUAGGAUAUUAUGUGUUCAAAUUAUGUUAUCAGCCAUAUUGUUUACUAGGUGGUAUUUUUUGUGGUGCAGAUUUAUCCUGGUUUCAGUUUUAAGUUUCUUUUGUCUUACUCAGAAUUAUCCAUGUAAUGCUUGAACACAAUUGAAAAUGUAAAAUUUAACCAAGAAUAAAAUCAUUUAAAUGUGUGACUAAUAAAUAUUUCUGCAGUUGCCAAAUUCUUCACCUAACAGAGGCAUACUGUAAUACAUUUUAAUUAUUUAAUAAUGAUAAUAAUAAUAAUAAUAAUGAUAAUAAUAAUAACAGUAUCUUUUGAUAGAGGGUAACAAUUGACUGUAAGAGAUUGAAGCAUUUUGAUAAAACCAAAGCCCUCAAGUAAUCACAAUGAGUAAGUGAGCAAGAGUGAAUUUAUUGAAUUGCAAAAUUGUCUGCUCUAGGGUUAUCAAUAACAGACUGCAAACUUAACACCACAAUUAAAUGAAAGACUACAACUACCUCGCAUGGCACAUCCUGCAUGUCCAUGCAAGUGUGAAGCUUGCAGUGUUGCUCUUUUCUGUUAUAAACCAGCUCUUAAGUGACAAAAGUCUCAUUGUUAGAUAAUUGGCUAAUACAUUUUGUAACAAAAUGUUUCCCCUACACAGUUAUACAGUGCUGUUCAAUUUCUGGUUCACUAAUGCAUGUGCUGUGCAUUUUCCAGGACUGGUGUGUUUUCUCUCACCCCAGAUUAUGGUCUUCAAUUUAUUUUGAAUUGUAAAAAGCCAGGAUUUCACCCACAUCCCAAAGAGCCUCCACUAUAUGAGGUAAGAAAUAUUCCUGAGUACGAGGUGAGACUGAGCUUUUGUACAAGUUAUGUCAACCCAAAGUUACUCUACCACCUGUCCAUUUUCACCAAAAUCAGCCCAAGUUACUUAAGAUGCUGUAGGAUUUUAAUAGACUGUUAUGGAAGACAAUGUUAGGGUACUGGGCUGGGUUGUUCUAUGCAUGAUUAACAUAACCCGCUGCAAAUUUUUAAUUCAGUUUAAUUGCCUUGCAAAGGUAUUAUUCCUUUUUUCUUUUGUUUCCUUUUAGUUCUAAGUCAUAUUGAAAUAAAACCCAACAAAACCUUAGCUUUUAAACACAUUCAUAUACAGGAGAAAUUAAAGCCAUGAUUAACUUUUAACCCUAGAUUAAAGUUAAACCCCUUUCGAACAACCCAGCCCUGGUCUCUAAAUAUGACUGUCUGGUUUGUGCACUGUGUUCUAAUGGGCAGGACACUCCUCUCUCACACCUCCUAACUGGUCAAUCAGCAUGCAUAAAAAGCACCAUUCACUUGAGUGGUAUAUACCUAUAAGAUUUAUUUCCUACCCAGCUCAUACAUGUAGUUAGGAGCUCUUUGCAGUCAAACCAUUUAGUUAUGCAGAGGUUCCCAGUACUUCCCAAUGUUUCAGUCAUUAAUACAAACUGUUUUUCUUUUAGGAGAGUUCACAUAUAUUAUGGGACAAGGUUGCAAGAGUGGAUGUUGUUGACUUAAGAUUUAAAAAAUAGAAAGAUAUCAGCUUAAACUUGCCACUGAAACUAUAAUUUUCAAUUGCCAAACAAACUGUCAAAAUGUAACAAAGUAUAAAGGUAACAUAGUGGUAGAGAAAAUUUCAGUUUAGAACACAAACCACUGUGAGCAAAGUGGAGGUGGCUAAUGGUGGUUUAUACAAUGAGGUAGUUCCUGUUUACUAGCCACCAAUACUGAGGGAAUAGUUGUUUUAGUGUUUAUUAAAACAGUGAUAUAGUAUGGCACAAAAAGGCGAUUUUCACUCCCUUAUUACUGCUGCAAUUACAAUAUUUUUGGGUGCAAGUCUCUGGUGAGUUGCUUAGAGUUGAGUAGUAAAGGAUAUUCAGAGUUUGAGUGGCCAAUUACAGCAUGUCUUCAAGGUUAUCUACUGUUUUAGUAUACUACAUAACAUCUUUAUCAAAUGCAGUACUUCCAUAUUUUAUUUCAGCAUUGUACAAUGAAAUGAUGCUUAAAGAACAAGGGGGAGAUUAACAUUAAAAUGAGACUUAUUACAUAGGUUAUCACACCAUUUCUACCCUUGUUCACUAUGAAUGAACACACUCAAACAAAGAAACUGAUUUCAUCAACACUUUUAAUAGUUUUCAAAUUCUUAUUUGCACUUGAAUACUAACACUUAUAAAUCUGUUUAAACUACUUCUAAACUUGUUUCAAAGUGCACAAUGAACUUAUUUUAUUACUAUAACUUUCAAUAAAUAGUAAUGUAAAAAUUGGAAAUUGUGUCUGCAAAAAGUGUCAAGGUCCUUUAAGUAAACAUUUUGACCUGAAUAUAUUUAAAGUUCACACUGAGUUAGGAAAAAUUAACAACCUUUAAGGUUUUAGUAAAUCAAUUUGAUGUAUGUACAUUCAUGUAUCAAUUAUAUAAUUAUUAAUUCAAUUGAAAUAAAUAAAUUCGUAGGCAUGGUAGCCCACAGAAUAAGUGAUUUGUUGCCUUAGUCAGUAAGUCAAGGGACAAAAGCACCAGGCAAGCAAGAAGUACAAGUUUGAUUCAUAUGUAAGAGGAAGAGUGAGAAAAAGAGAGAUGGACAGUAAGUUUUCUUAACACCCAUCCUCUCCCAAGUGGCUCUCUCUAUCUUGGUUGCCUUGUGCUAACCUCUGCUCACCCGAAAAGGCCAAAAAAAGUUGCCUGUUCUGUAGGUGAAAGGCAUUGUGACCUUGAAAGUAAUUAUUCAAAUUAAGACAUCUGCUACUAUCUAAAUAAGUCUCAAAGAGGAUUACACCUUCCUUAUGGCUACUUUUAACUUCUCUGCAAACAACGGUCUGUCAAUGAACUUAAGUCUGAAGAAUUUGACAACAUAAGAGGUCAAAUAAUUUGGAAAAAUUAAAGGUUUACCAAUUUUGACAAAUAAAAAGCAAUCUGAAAAAAAUUGUUUUUUAACAAAACCAGAUAGUUUUCCCCAAGA